CCAAAAACAUACUUAUCUCUAAGCCAUGGGACAAAUUCUUGAAAAAAUUCAAGGCAAGCAAUGGAGAGAAAGACAGAUGCGGAAGAUAACAGACAAGGUGUUUGAUCGUUUCAAAGAUGAAACAGGAAAAGCUUAUCUCAAGUUUGAAGACCUUUACAUUGCUGUUCUACUUGUCUACAAUGAUAUCAACAAGCAUUUGCCUGGUCCUCACUUUGAUCCUCCUUCUAAAGAAGAAGUUAGAGCCUUGAUGCAGGAAUGUGAUAUGAAUCUUGAUGGUGAACUAGAUCAUGAAGAAUUUGUCAAAUUUGUGAAAAGAUUAACAAAGGAUACCUUCAUCAUUGUGAGUCAGGGACUGAUUAUUACUUUAGCAGUAGCACCAACAGUUGCUCUGUUAACAAAGAGGACAACAGAAGGAGUCCCUGGUGUUGGGAAAGUAGUGCAAAAAAUACCAAAUGCUGUUUAUGCCUCUUUAGUUACCCUUGCAAUUGUCAUGUUUCAGAAAGCAGCUGAGGCUAAGGCAAUUUGAAAUUUGUUUUCUUACAGAACCAAGUUUCUCCUUAUGUAUUAUGUGUAUAAGAUAACAGACAUCUGCUACGCUUGCAAGUUGAUCUUUGAGCAUCUCAUCUCUUGUGAUUUUUGCUUAUGUAAAUCCUAGUAGUAGUGUAAUAUGCGAGCUCAUGUUUUGGUUGGGCAGCUCACAGCUUUCAUAUUGUGUUUUGCACAAUUGGUGAUGAGUAGCUUUCUUACCACUAGGAAACAUAAUACCUGAUAGUUCAAAUAUAAAACUCGCAAAAAAAUAAUACUUCAA